ACUGUUAUUAUUAUCGCCCGCGUUGAUGUUGUUGGUAGAAGCAUUAGGUUUUAAGGGGUCGUUCACACCGAACACGUUUUCACGUCCUCCGCGCCGUUUUAAUUGUUUUUCUAUGUAAACAUGAACUAGACGGAAGCGUCUCGCUGGUUUUUUUUUUUCAACCUCGCGCACAGGCGCGCCGCGUUUUUAAGACGCGUUGUCACGUUGAAGAAGUCCAACUUUUAAAAACGCGUCUCGAGAAACCUGCGAAAACCCCUCUCUGCCAUUCAUCGACCGGUGUCUAGCUCUUUUUAACGCAAGUACGCUCCUAAUUGUGAAUUUACAAGUACGUUAUGCACCUUUGUUACUUAAACGCCCAGAAUUCACCGAGACGUCGGACAUCUGUCAUGUUGUUUUCUGCCUGGCUGCCUUCGACAUUAGGGACGUCGCCUGAUAGUGUUUUACGGGCAUAAGGGCACUAGGGCGAAAGGGAGGUGUCUGAGAGAGAAGUAUAGAGGCAGGGAAAACGGACGUUGCAAAUCUGUCAGAAAACAAGUGCCGACGCAAUCGGUGUCCUGAAGUGCACCGUGUCUCUCUGUGUUUGUCUGCAUGAGGAGGAGAGGAGCAGCUGAGGUAUCGCACAGCAGCACACUGUCAGUGUCAACAUUUCCAAAUGCAAUAAAUCUGAUAACGGAAAGCGUGUUUGCAUUAACUAAAGCGGUCACCGCAGGAUCAAAUGAUCUCUUUGAUGACGUGGCACGAUGAAAAUGGAGCUGAGGUGCUCUAAGCAAAAAGGGUAUUUAAAAGUUAGGCAAAGGCUGUAACGCCUCAUUGAAAUACCAAAUCAAGUCCUCCAAUGCACAGUCCAACAACGAGACACUCCGCAUCAGCCACUGUAAACCACUCAUAGGGAUGGAGUGGUCUUUAGAGGGAAUGAGGGAGUUGGUGGCAGGUGGCAUGCAGUCUAUACGGGAGUGUGAAUCCAGCGCCCUAGGCACUGCUCUUUGUCUUGCCCUUCUGUUUAUCUGGUACUGCUACCGCGUGGGAUGCGAGCAUGCUGCCCCUUCGCUUCGUGGCGGCUUCACUCCAGAGCAUCGAGGCAGUGCUGUGCCCGGCGGAGUUCUAGCCACGGACCUCUCAGACCAAGGAGGCUCGCUGAAACUCCGUAAGGCCAGCGGAGUCAGUGAUGAAGACCUUAACGGCUUCGCCUACUGCCAGUCACCUGAGUGCUUCCGUUGCACCAAGCCCGGUGAGGGCCUGAACCAGCGGCUCUACCACAGCCUGCAGGAGUACGCCAAACGCUACACCUGGGCCGGCAUGGGUCGUGUGCACAAGGGCGUGCGUGAGCAGGGGCGCUACCUGCUCUGCAGCCGUCCCUCCAUCCAGAAACCAGAGGUCUUUUUCCUGCCAGAUCUUCCCUCUGCUCCCUUCUUCUCACGAGAGGCACAGAAGCACGACGUGGAGCUUCUGGAGAGAAGUUUCCCUGCAUUGCUGGCUGAAUUUGAGAGCGUGUACCGGCUGCCAUCAAAUCGAACCGGCUCUUUAAUUCCACCGGGCUGGAAGGUUAACAGCACACCUCGAGGCCAGUGGUGGACCUUUUAUUUGGUGAACCAGGGGACUCCAAUGGUGCUGAAUGCCAGACGUUGUCCACGGACAUGGAGGGUGCUUGGGCAACUCCGUACCUUUAUUGCUAAUAAUGUUUUUGGCAAUGCCUGCUUCUCAGUGAUCAGCCCCGGAGCCACCAUCACUGAGCACUACGGUCCAACCAACGUACGCCUGCGAUGCCAUCUUGGACUGAAGGUGCCCUCUGGUUGUGAAUUGAUAGUUGGUGGAGAGCCGCAGUGUUGGUCUAAGGGAAGCUGUCUGCUGUUUGACGAUUCUUUUCUUCACACUGCAUUUCAUGAUGGUUCUGCAGAAGAUGGUCCAAGAGUUGUAUUCAUGGUGGACCUCUGGCAUCCAAAUGUGGCAGCAGCUGAAAGACAGGCACUGGACUACAUCUUCACCCCUGGACGCUGAUAGAAUGUGGAGGGAGAAAAAAGAUUUCUGUUGAAUAACAACGCGGGAAAUGCGAUAAAUGGCAAAGUUCAAUGAGUGUAAUGGGAAAGAAUAUGGUGGUAAGCACAUUGCUUACUUCCUCUAGUAAAUGUAACUUUCUAGUAUACAACUUUCCCUAAAGUAGAGACUUUGAUGUACCAUCACUAUUGGAAAUGUUAAAUGUUUACAGACCACUUGAAGUCUAACCUUAGCAAAAACCUUUGUGUGACCGUUGCUUGAGACGAAGCUCUUGAAUCUCCCUGCGAGUUAGCUGCAAUAUGCAGGGUCUCGUUAUACCCAAUGAGUGUCAAUUCACCAAAAGCAUUGACAGUCAAACGCACAUGGAAAUGCACUUUCUUUUCCAACUCUGAUUGCUAUAGCCAGGUAGGAUUGUAUAGGAAGCACAGUACAAUGUUUAGUCUGUACAUUUUUACUGAAGUCAAGCUCACAUAAACAGUCAUAAAACGACUUAAGCAGCAUUGACAUGGGAUUUGAUGUUUACUUGCAUAGAUAUAUGGCAGAGAUGUUGUGAAGGGAAGCACUACAAGCUAAUGUGUAAAAUUACCUCCAUAAAACGCACUAGUGGCAAGUUAUUUUGCCAUGCCUAAGCCAGGGUCGGAUCAUUCCGAUUAGGACGAAAACAAAGCACGUCAAAUUAGCCUGCUUUACACUUUACUCUUUCCUACCCUGAAUUUUCCAAUAAAAUCAAAACACGGAUCAAUCGCUUUGUAUUUCUGUACAACAACAGUGGGACACAGUGCUUGUUAUUUUUCAGAAAACGAUAUUAUGGCUGUUUAUAUGUGCUAGGUUCAACCUUAUUGUGCUUUGUUGUACUGCUUGUAAACAGAGCUUUCGUGGUUGUUGCAUUGAUAUUGGCACAUUCCUUUUGUAAGACGACAGACCGUUUUGAGACAGUUUCGUGAUAAGUGACAUUUUAUAUCAUUGUGUGACUUUUGGAGAUGCAAAUCAAUUUUAUGAUGUUCCUACUUCCAUGUUUCCAAUUAUGUGCCAUGGACGCGUAAUUCUGUAGAUUUAAUAAAGAACUGAU